AUGUUAUCAAAGAACCCGAAGCACGAAAGCAAUUCGGAAUGGACACGGAGGAAUCAAAGAUAUACUGUUAUCAAGGAACCCGAAGCACGAAAGCCAUUCGGAAUGGACACGGAGGAAUCAAAGAUAUACUGUUAUCAAGGAACCCGAAGCACGAAAGUCAUUCGGAAUGGACACGGAGGAAUCACAGAGGUACUGUUAUCAAGGAACCCGAAGCACCAAAGACAUUCGGAAUGGACACGGAGGAAUCACAGAGGUACUGUUAUCAAUGAACUUGAAGCACCAAAGACAUUCAGAAUGGACACGGAGGAAUCACAGAGGUACUGUUGUCAAGGAACCCGAAGCACGAAAGCAAUUCGGAAUGGACACGAAGGAAUCACAGAUAUACUGUUAUCAAGGAACUUGAAGCACCAAAGCCAUUCGGAAUGGACACGGAGGAAUCACAGAGGAAAAGAUAUGGCAGCAUCGACUACAGGUGUCACAGACUCCAAUCCCAUCCGGCUGGUCAGUACUUCUGGUGUGACGAAUAUCAAAGGUGUAGGAAUAAGUGGCAAGAGAAUCCACUUCUUUACAGACUUUUUCACCAACAUGAUUGAAAUCAAAUGGAGUUGGAAUAUAAUCAUUUUUAUUGGUGGAUUUACUAUUACAUGGUUAUUAUUUGCGUUGUACUAUUGGCUUGUGUGUCAUCUCCAUGGUGAUUUUAUUAAUUAUGCAACUACCGACUGGAGCCCUUGCAUCACCGACGUGAAAUCGUUCGCAUCCACCUUUUUAUUUUCUAUUGAAACGCAGACCACCAUUGGCUAUGGUUCUAGGUCCGCCACAGAGGAGUGUCCUGUUGUAUAUUUGGGGAUUUUUAUACAAUCUAUAGUGGGUGCAGGAUUGCAGGCAGCUUUAGCCGGUCUUGUGGUUGCCAAGAUCAGAAGAGCAAAAAAGAGGGCAAGGACAAUUUUAUUCAGUACUGUUGCGUGUAUAGUAGAGGAAGAUGAUCAGAUGAAACUAGUAAUUAGAGUUGGUGACAUGAGGAAGUCUUUUAUACUGAAUGUACAGGUGAAAGGCUACUUCUUCCAGAAGAUGGCGGCAAAGUCAGGGAAAAGUUACCCAGUUAAUUACCAUCCAAUGACUUUUAAAGGUGAGGACAGCAGUCUACAAAUUUUCCUUGCGUGGCCGACACAGCUGGUACACGUGAUCGACGAGAAGUCGCCACUGUGGUCUUUAUCUCGAGAAGAUCUCAAACGAUACAAUUGUGAGCUUGUGAUUAUUCUGGAUGGUACAGUGGCAGCCACGAGUAUGCCAUUCCAAGCCCAAACAUCUUACCUCCCGUGGGAUAUAUUAUGGGGCCACAGAUUUGAUACGUUAGGCACAAAAAUGAACAAAGCAGGUGCUUACAUAUUGAAUUUUGCAAAUUUCCACAAGACUCAUGCAUUAACAACGCCAGUGUGUAGUGCGCGUGACCUCAAGAGAAUGAUAGACGCUGGACUGCCAGUUCCGAAAGAAUGUCCCAGAGAUUCAAAACAUAAUCAACUUUCACUUACCGCUGAUGAACGUAUGGUUCGAUUCCAGUGUGAGGAUAACGAUGCGUUCGAACAAUCCUUGUCAGCGGACAAUAUCCGGAAGUUUGGGGUCAGGACAUCCGAUAUUAAUUCUAGAAAGAGGACGUUUACGGUGUCGAGUAGAUGA